AAUCGUAAGACUUAAAUAGUUGGUACGAUUCGGAGAUUGUUAUAAUAGCGCGUGUGUGAUCAUGCAAUUGAGUGUCAGAUUCAUAAACAAAGAAUCCUGAGUCGAAUCUCAGUCGCUUCGUUAAUUUUUUCUCCGAACAUAUUCCUUACAUUCGAAAGCGAGAGCAGCCAGAUGACGCUGCGUGAGUAUGACGUAGUCUCUCUCUUUUUUUUUCUCUUCUUAUGACGUUGUUCCAUGGCGCUCCACCACAGCCUGACGCGCGUCGUUGACAGAUACGACGGACGGAGGAUGUCAAUGGGCAUCUGACGCAUUAACGGAAGAGAUUUCACAAUCGUUUCCGCACGAUGGACCUGGCUAAAUCGUUCUUCAAUGUCCGCGAUCACGACGGUUAUGUCGGAAAAGAGGAGCAUAACAAAAAAUUGGAAACAGCCGUCUCCGAAGAUGAAAUCGAAAUGGAAGUUGGAGGUUUGUGCGGUGAAACUUUGUCUCCAGCACCAGGUGGUCCAUUUUCAGCAUUAACUCCAUCCAUGUGGCCGCAAGACAUUCUAGCUAAAUUGAAUCAACCUGAUGAUCCAAAUUCUCAGCCUGAAUAUAGGUUUGAUGAAUUUGGCUUUCGUGUGGAGGAAGAAGAUGGUCCUGAACAGAAUUCAAAAAAAUUAUUGGGAAUACCCUUUGUUGAAGAUCCUCAACACAGAUUGCAAUGGGUCGCUCUCUUGGAAUUCAGUCAUAAUAAAGAAGUUGCAGAACUCUCCUGGCAAAAUAUGGACCGAAGACUCCCGCGUACAGAUAAAUUGCGUGAAAUGGUUCGACGUGGCAUACCUCAUUCUCUGAGACCUCAAAUUUGGAUGCGCAUGUCAGGAGCACUUCAGAAGAAGUGUUCGUCCGAAAUAAUGUACAAAGAUAUAGUAAAAGCAUCGAGUAAUGAUGCAUUAAUGACCAAUAAACAAAUAGAGAAAGAUCUCCUUCGCAUUAUGCCAGCCAAUGCGUGUUUCAGUCAUCUCCAUAGUACUGGUAUACCCCGUUUAAGACGCGUUAUGCGUGCCUUAGCUUGGCUUUAUCCUGAUAUUGGAUAUUGCCAAGGUACGGGUACAAUGGCAGCAUCAUUGUUAUUACUUUUAGAAGAGGAAGAUGCGUUCUGGAUGAUGGCAACAAUAGUAGAAGAUUUAUUACCAGCUUCUUAUUAUUCUUCAACAUUGUUAGGUAUUCAAGCUGACCAAAAAGUACUUCGCACAUUAGUAGCUAAUUAUCUUCCUGACAUAGAUCACGUUUUGGUGCAGCAUGAUAUAGAAUUAAGUCUUAUAUCUCUGCAUUGGUUUUUGACUUUAUUUGCAUCAGUUGUACACAUGAAGAUAUUAUUGCGAAUAUGGGAUAUGUUCCUUUUCGACGGAUCUAUAGUUUUAUUCCAAAUCACACUUGGGAUGUUGAAAAUAAAAGAAACAGACUUGAAGCAAUUGGAAAACUCGGCACAAAUAUUUAAUGCUCUCUCAGAUAUACCAGGAGAUAUUGAUGAUGUGGACCAAUUAUUUAAUGUAUCCUUAGAAGUUAGUGGAUCGUUGACAGAUGUAUUAGUCGAAACUCAUAGACGUCGUCACUUAGCUUAUUUAAUGGCUGAUCAAGGUGGACUAGUAGGAAAUCCGGAUGCGGUACCAAACUUACCCAAACAACAUUUGAAUAGACGUCAAAUGAAACGAAACAAGUCAAUGUUACAAACAAUUUUAUUUGGAAAUGACGAUGGUGAAGAUGAUGCAAAAUCCAAAAAUAUUCGUCAAACAGAAAUUCUAGUUGAUUUAAGGGAAGCUGUUUUACAAGUUGCAAGGCAUUUUAUAAGUGUUGACCCAAAAUUAAAUAACAUUGUUCUUAUAGCAGAUUAUACAAUGGAAAGUCAUGCGAAAGACCAUGACAAUUAUGUCAAUGUAUCCCGGACACGAAAAAGAAGAGCAAAAGCUUUACUGGAUUUUGAAAGACACGAUGAUGAUGAACUCGGUUUUCGAAAGAAUGACAUUAUUACAAUCAUUAGUCAAAAGGAUGAACAUUGCUGGGUAGGAGAACUCAAUGGAUUGAGAGGAUGGUUUCCUGCAAAGUUUGUAGAAUUAUUGGAUGAACGCAGUAAACAAUACACGUGUGCUGGAGAUGAUGCAGUUAGUGAAGCUGUCACCGAUCUGGUACGGGGUACAUUAUGUCCCACUGUAAAAGCAGUGUUAGAGCAUGGAAUGAAGAGACCAUCAUUUUUGGGCGGGCCAUGUCAUCCGUGGCUAUUUAUAGAAGAAGCUUCUAAUAGAGAAGUCGAAAAAGACUUCAACUCCGUUUAUAGUAGACUAGUGCUGUGCAAAACGUACAGAUUGGAUGAAGAUGGCAAGGUUCUGAUGCCAGAAGAGUUAUUAUAUCGCUGCGUUCAAUCUGUAAAUUUAACACAUGACGAUGCUCAUGCUCAGAUGGAUGUAAAAUUACGUUCUUUAAUCUGUCUCGGAUUGAAUGAACAAGUGCUUCAUCUAUGGUUAGAAGUUUUAUGUUCGUGUGUAGAAGUAGUACAAAAGUGGUAUCAACCAUGGAGCUUUAUAAAUAGUCCAGGUUGGGUGCAAAUAAAAUGUGAAUUAAGAAUAUUAAGUCAAUUCGCAUUUAACUUGAAUCCCGACUGGGAAUUACCGCCCAAAAAGGAACAAUCGCAGCCUUUAAAAGAUGGAGUUCGUGAUAUGCUAGUCAAACAUCAUUUAUUCAGUUGGGAUCUUUAGCACAUAAGAUAAUGUACAAUUAACAAGACUAUGCCACUUUUCCAGUUUUCGUCCAAAAACUUGAGAUUUAGUUUUCCAUUUCUAGUCUCUAAUUUAUUAUCGUAAAAAAAUAAAAUUUAUUAAUAUUUAAAUUUUUAUAAAUGACAAGAAAGUUUUAACAAUUCAAGAGAUUUUCAUCAUUAAAAAUUUUAAAAUUUGAUGCACGUUAAUGACUAAGAAUGAUAAUGUACAAAUAUUUAAUCUCACUUUUAUCAUUAUAUUACAAUUUACAAAUGUUAAAGAAAGAUUUAUAUUAUUUAAUCACACAAGCAUAUAGUGAAUAACUAUGAUAGAAAAACUCUAUUUAUAUGUUAGAUCUUUUCUUCUUAUAUAUAUCUAACAUCAGCAAAAAAUAUUUUAAGAAGCUUUUUAAAGUAAUAUUUGUCAAAAUAAUAAUUUUAAUAGUUGCAAAGAAAAAUAAGAUUAUAUCUAUGAAACAGAAAUAGAAAGUAUUAGAUAACCAAAGUUGUAUUGUGUCUACUUGUGUAUAAAUGUCACUUCGUAAUUAUAUAUUUCUUUAUAAAAUA